AUGUUUCUGGAUCUCUCUAUAAAGAGCCAACUCCUCAGUUUCCAAGGCAUCCAGUUACAAGGCAUAGAAGAUCUGUCUGGCACCAGGAUUGUCUCAGAAAAGCCAGUGGCCGUCUUGGUUGGCCAAGUGUGUUUUUGUAAUAGCACAAAAUGCAACCACGUCUUUGAGCAGCUCCUACCAGUCUGCAGCUGGGGUACAACAUACAUCAUUCCUCCCUUACCCUGGCAGAAAGUAGAUGACAUAGUCUAUAUCAUUGCUUCCCAGAGCACAACUGUGUUGUAUCAACGAGGGGACCAGCAAGAGAAUGUUACUCUAACAGGAGGCAAUGUACUCCAACUUCCUGUCAAGCCCUCAAUCCCAGUCUACAUCUCUGCUAACGUGAGCAUCCAGGUGGUGUUCUACAGCCUGGGCGCAGCUAUCCCUAAUUCCUCCCACGCCUUCCUGAUGAAUGUUCCAGAUGUUGCCAGUUACUGCCUGAUGUAUUCUCUAAAUGAGCAGGAGGGCUUCAAGAACUUUGCCUUGAUGGUGGCCAAUACAUCGGAGACUGGCGCCAUCAUCUUAGACAAUCAGUCUCUAAGGGAUGUGAAGUGGAACCGAGUCCCUGGCACUGAGUUCGUUUGGGGCAUGCGUACGCUUGGACCUGCCAUGAGAUCCCAUGCUGUGGAACAUGCCAGCUCUCCAUUCGCACUCCUGAGUGUUGGCACUGCUGCCAUGGACAGCUAUGGGACUCCAGGUUCCUGCAGGAAGAAUGUUACCUUUAAAUGCCAGACUGAAACUCAACAGGUAAAAGAGCAGUUGAAGAUGUGCAAAGAUGUCUUUCAGCAGGGCAACACCAGUGAAUUUUGCUCCUUCAUGAAUUCAACCUUAGUGAAUUUGGAGACCAUGUGUGCAGAGGACAGAGCAGCAUCGCUGGAGGAAGUUGCUCUCCCCUUUGGUUCCUUCCUGAAUAGCUCCAUCCUCAGUGCUGGUGGGAACGAGAGCAAGAGGGAGGUGGCCUCCGCCGUGACCUUCCUCCUGCAGAGUGUGGAAUUGGCUGCACUGACGGCUGCUUUGUGGUCUCCAGAGAAGAAGACCCAGAACAUGACAACAGAGUUUAUGGCUAUCGAGACGCUCCUCGUCCGAGCUGCAGGUCGCUGUGAUGAGGUCUUCAGGCUGAGAGGUCAGGAGGAGACAAUGGACAUUCACUGCAAUGCCGUCACCAGAGCAGCCACAGAAGCUGAUCCUUGGGCUGUUGCUUUUAUUUCUUACUCCACCCUGGACUCCAUCAUUAACACGACAUUUCUCGAUGAGGGAGAUCUAAUGGCUGAUGAGAAAUUGAGGAAUUUUCACCUGAAUUCCAGGGUGGUGAGUGGGGCUAUCGGAGAUGGGAGGCCCAUGAACCUCUCCAAACCUGUGAAUUUCACCCUGCGCCAUAGACAGGUGAGUAAAGAGGAGGAAGAGACUCGCUGCGUUCACUGGAAAUUCAUCGCUGGGAAAGGCACCUGCGCUGAGGGUGGCUGCAAAAGUCUCCAGAUGAACAGCACUCACACCAUCUGCAGCUGUGACCAUCUCUCUAGCUUCGCACUCCUGAUGGGUCCCACCGGAAUGGAGGAGAGUUAUCCACUGACCGUCGUCACCUACGUGGGACUGACCUUCUCCCUGCUGUGCCUCCUCCUCGCCAUCCUCACCUUCCUCCUUUGCCGCUCCAUCCGCAAUGUCAGCACCUCCCUCCACCUGCAGCUCUGCCUCUGCCUCUUCCUGGCUGACCUGCUCUUCCUCACUGCGGAGACCCGCACCCGCAGUCAGGUGGUGUGUGCUGUCAUUGCUGGCUUCCUACACUACCUCUUCCUGGCCGGCUUCACCUGGAUGUUCCUGGAGGGGCUGCACCUCUUCCUCACCGUCCGGAACCUGAAGGUCGUGAAUUACACCAGUGCCAGCCGGUUCAAGAAGAGAUUUAUGUACCCGUUCGGCUAUGGAUUCCCAGCCCUGGUGGUGGCUAUUUCUGCAGCGGUGAAUCCUGGAGGCUACGGAACUUCCAAAUACUGCUGGCUCAGCCUGGAGAGAGGAUUUCAUUGGAGCUUCCUGGGACCAGUCUGUGCCAUAAUCCUGAUAAAUUUAACAUUUUUUAUUGCAACCCUCUGGAUCCUGAGAGACAAACUCUCCUCCCUUAAUGAAGAUGUGUCCACUCUCAAAGACACCAGGUUACUGACCUUUAAAGCCAUCACCCAGCUCUUCAUUCUGGACUGUACAUGGAGCUUUGGUCUCCUCCAAGUCGGCCCAGCAGCCACGGUCAUGGCGUAUUUAUUCACCACCGUCAACAGCCUGCAGGGAGCCUUCAUCUUCCUGGUGCACUCUCUCCUCAAUUGCCAGGUGAGAGAGGCGUACAGGAGAUGGAUCAAGGGCUUCCGAACGUCCAGCACGAAAUCUCAGAUGUCCGAUCUACAUGGGCGGCAGGUUUUGUAUGUAGUUGGGAUGAAGAACGGCAACUGCCCCGCUGGCACAGCAAAGCCGGCUGUACGAUAA